AAAUAUAGUGAAUAUUUUCGAAGCCCACUGGGCCACCCUCUGCCUGGCUUCCUUUGUCUUGCUAGGCGUGGAUGUGAGCACCGCCGGAAGAGCUGCCGUCGUUGGUCUGUUCCUCAUCCACCGGAGAUGCUAUCAAUGCUCAGAACAUGGAAUCUCCAUGGAUUUCUCAUCAGAAAGUUCGCUCCUUCCGCAAAUUAUAUUUAUAUGCACUCUCUUCACCAGCUUCAACAAAACAAGAAGGAGAAGAAGAAGAACAAGAACACGAACAAGAAGGAAGAAGAUUCUCACUGUGAUCCCAAAGAGUACAUGAGAAACGUCAUUGGAAACAUAUACAAGACUCUAAAGUAUUCAACUUGGGAUUCAGCUCAGAAAGAGCUCGAGAACCUUCCAUUGCCAUGGGACUCUUACACUGUAAACCAAGUCCUAAAAUCCCACCCUCCAAUGGAGAAAGCAUGGUUGUUCUUCAACUGGGCUUCCAAACUCACAGGCUUCAAGCAUGAUCAGUACACUUACACCACCAUGAUUGAUAUCUUUGGAGAAGCUGGUAGAAUCUCUUCCAUGAAGCACGUUUUCAAGCAAAUGCAAGACAAUGAUGUUAACAUUGAUUCUAUUACCUACACUUGCAUGAUGCAUUGGCUUUCGAAUUCUGGGGACAUUGAUGCAGCCAUGGAGUUGUGGAAGGAGAUGAAGUCGAAGGAUUGUUGUUACCCUACUGUUGUUUCUUACACUGCUUAUAUCAAGAUUCUAUUUGAUCAUGGUAGGGUUAAGGAGGCUACUUGUGUUUACAAGGAGAUGAUUGAAUCUGGUUGUGCUCCUAAUUGCUACACUUAUACCAUUCUAAUGGAGUACCUUGUUGGCUCUGGAAAAUGCAAAGAUGCCCUUGAAAUAUUUGAAAAGAUGCAGGAGGCUGGGGUGCAACCUGACAAAGCUGCAUGCAAUAUUUUGAUUGAGAGGUGUGCUAAAAUUGGAGGGAUUAUGUUCAUGACCCAUAUCCUGCGGUAUAUGAAAGAAAACCGCCUUGUUCUUCGUUACCCUGUUUUUGUCGAAGCAUUGAAAGCUUUUAAAGUUGCUGGGGAAAGUGAUGCGCUCAUAAGGCAAGUCAAUCCUCAAUUUUAUAUUGAUUCUGGCACCAUUAGAAAGGAUAAUGACUGUUUCACAGUUGAUGUAGAUAAAGAGCUUCUAUUUGUUCUCUUGAGAAAGAGAAAUCUGGUUGCUAUUGAUCAUUUACUUGCUGGAAUGAUGGAUAAGAAAAUACCUUUAGAUCAUAAGGGUAUCUCAUCCAUUAUAGAGCUAGUCGAAACCGUUGAGGAAAUGUCUAGAGCCGGUCAUUCUCUUGGAAUCUACCUGGCUUCAAUUUUGAUCUAUAGGCUUGGUUGCGCUAAGAAGCCUGCUUAUGCUGUGACGAUUUUCAACUUGUUACCUGAUAACCAUAAGUGCACUGCUACCUAUACUGCUUUAAUUAGCGCUUAUUUCGCCUCUAGAAGAGUUAACAAGGCACUUGAUAUACACAAAAGUAUGUGCGCAAAAGGGUUUCUGACUGCUUUAGGAACUUACAAUGUACUGGUUGCUGGUUUGGAAAGAAACGGUAGAAAUUCUGAAGCAGAAUUUUAUAGAAAAGCUAAGAAGAAGUGCCUUCAUACUAAUGCUGGUUCUGAGGAAAGGGUUUGCAUAGAGGAAAAGAUAUGCAACCUUCUGUUUGCUGUGGAUCUAGUUCAUUAGAGAUGCCAACCUUCCGAUAUAUUCACUUACAAUUCCUUGCUGGAUGCUUUGUUCAGUAUGAAACAACAUGACAAGGCACUUAUGUUAUUCAAUCAAAUGAAAGAGAGUGGCAUUGAUCCAAAUAUACAUACAUACAGCAU